AUGGUGUCCACUCAUAACAAGGAUAAGCCCUGGGAUACAGGUGAAAUCGAUAAAUGGCAUCAAGAUGAGUUUAAAGAAGAGGAUAACGCCUCAGGUUUGCCAUUUGCAGAGGAGUCCAGUUUUAUGACACUUUUCCCCAAAUAUAGAGAAGCCUACUUAAAAUCUAUUUGGAAUGAUGUUACCAAGGCUCUCAACAAGUAUCAUGUUGCAUGUGUGCUUGACUUAGUGGAAGGGUCUAUGACGGUAAAAACAACUAGAAAGACAUGCGAUCCAGCAAUCAUCUUGAAAGCCCGUGAUCUGAUUAAACUGUUGGCAAGAUCAGUUCCAUUCCCACAGGCUGUUAAAAUCCUAGAAGAUAAUACUGCGUGUGAUGUUAUUAAGAUUGGUAACACUGUUGCUAAUAAGGAAAGAUUUCAGAAAAGGAGACAACGUCUAGUGGGGCCCAAUGGUAAUACUUUAAAAGCACUCGAACUUUUAACUAAAUGCUAUAUCUUAGUUCAGGGAAAUACGGUAGCUGCUAUGGGUAACUACAAGGGUCUUAAGGAAGUAAGACGUGUAGUGGAGGAUACUAUGAAAAAUAUCCACCCCAUCUAUCACAUUAAAGAGCUAAUGAUUAAGAGAGAACUGGCGAAAAGACCGGAACUAGCCAACGAAGAUUGGUCGAGGUUUCUUCCGAACUUUAAGAAGAGAAAUGUUGCUCGUAAGAAGCCUAUGAAGAUCAGAAAGGAGAAGAAGGUUUACACUCCAUUCCCACCUGCACAAACUCCUAGAAAGGUUGAUUUGGAGAUUGAAAGUGGUGAGUAUUUCUUAAAUAAAAGAGAGAAGGAGGCUAAGAAAUUGGAAGAACGUAGAGAAAAGCAAGCUGAAAAGCAAGAGGAAAGACAAAAGGAAAGAAGAAAGGACUUUUUGCCUCCAAAGGAAGAGGAUUACAAGAAAUCGAAAUAA